AUGGCAGACCUCUUUGGCAUUGUAGAGGGGGUGCUUGGGAAGAUAGCCUCCCUCGCCCUCCAAGAAGCCGUUGCGAUUUAUGGUGUCGAGAACCAGAUCAGCGAGCUUAGAGAGACGUUGACUGCCAUCAAGGCAGUGUUGUCAGACGCGGAGGAGCAGCAGAUGAAGAACCACAGUCUGCAGCUGUGGUUGGAUCGGCUUCAAGAUGUGUUAUACGAUGCGGAGGAUGUGCUCGAUGAACUCGAGUGCGAGGCCUUACGGAAGAAGGUGAUAAGUCGCUACGGGGGCAUCAAGGGGAAGGUAUGCCAGUUCUUUUCCAACUCCAAUCCGCUCAUAUUUCGUGCGAAAAUCAGUCAUAACAUCACGGAGAUUCGGGAGAUAUUAUCUAGAAUUUCUGCUGACAACGAUCAAUUCGGUCUUCUACGGGGUGCUGACAAUAGCGAGGCACAUAUGCCUCCACGAGAGAUCACUGACCCAUUUGUAAAGAAGUCGAACGUCGUCGGAAGAGAUAUUGAUAAAAAGAAGAUAAUUGAUAUGUUGUUGCCUUCGGUAGAUGACAAAAGCAUCUCGGUGAUUCCCAUUGUUGGAAUAGGAGGGUUAGGCAAGACGACCCUAGCAAAAAUAGUUUACGAUGACGACAAGGACUUCGAUCUCAAGAAAGUCAUUGAAGAGAUCAUUAAACAUGCAACUGGUCAAAGUUUCAGGGACGUUGAUAUUCGGCAGUUGCAAACUCAUUUGCUAGAUAUCAUCAAAGACAAGAAAUAUCUACUUGUCUUGGAUGAUGUAUGGAGCAAUGACCAUAGGAAAUGGAGAAAAUUGAGAGAUUUACUCAGUGAAGGAGCUGGUGAAAGCAAGAUAAUUGUGACAACACGUAACUCAGAAAUUGCUUCCAAUAUGGGUACCCAUCCAGCACAUAAUCUUGAAGGUCUUUCUGAUGAAGACUCUAUGGCCUUGUUGAAAAAAUGUGCCUUCGGCGAAAAAGAAACGCAACCACGUCACGAUCUCCUUGAGAUUGGAAAAGCCAUUGUCGCAAAAUGUCAAGGAGUUCCUCUCCUUGUGGAAACUCUGGGAAGCCUACUGAAUUCAAAGGAUGAUGCUGGGGAUUGGAUUCGUAUAAGGGAUAGUGAAACAUGGGAGUUAGCGGAAGCGAAAAAGGACAUUUUGCCUGUUCUUAAGCUUAGCUAUGUUCAUUUACCAUCUCACUUAAAGCAAUGUUUUCCUAUCUUGUCACUUUUCCCCAGAGGAGUUCAAUUCCAGGCCUCGCAUUUAAUUGGGCUAUGGAUGGCUUUAGGACUCAUUAGUUCAAAAAGCGAAAAACUAGCACCGGAAGACAUUGGUGUUGAGUAUGUCAAAGAGUUGCGGAGGAGAUCUUUGAUCCAAGAUGUUGAGGACCAUGGAACAGUAUUACUUUUUAAAUUGCACGAUUUGGUCCAUUCUCUUGCAACGAGUGUGGGACAAAAUUAUUGUUUAACUGUUGACUCAGAUACUCCAGAGAUUUCAGAAAGAGUUCGAUGCAUUUCGCUCCCUAACGGUUCGUUAGAGGGAAUCUCAAACUACGAUGGAGUCCCAUCUUUUCUGGGAAAGAAAACUUCAAAGCGGCUACGUGCAAUUUUUCUUCCAUACGGUGCUGAUGAUGGAGUUAUUACUAGAAAAUUUGUUAAAGCAUUCAUCUCCAAUUGUAAACACUUACGAUAUCUCCGUUUGUCAUUUGGUUGCUUUAAGGAGCUGCCCAAUUCCAUAUGCAACUUGAAGCAAUUGAGAUCAUUAGAUCUCUCUGAGAACAAGCGGUUGAAAAAGCUUCCAGAUACCAUUUGUGAGUUGCCGAGUUUGCUAGAGUUAAACAUCACAGGUUGCUUGGAGCUAGAUGAGUUACCGAAAAAUAUGAACAAGUUGGUCAGUCUUAGAUUUUUAUAUAUAACAACAAAGCAGAAGAGUUUGCAAGAAACUGGAAUACAAUAUCUGGAAAACUUGCAUUUUUUGGGACUCUAUGCAUGUGAAAAUCUCCAAGUAUUGUUUGAAGGUACUUGCCGACUGACUCGCCUUCGGGAGUUGGAAAUUAGAGAUUGUGGGGGACCAAUAUCUCUGCCUUUUGGGGAAUUAAUCGCCCUAGAGUCCUUGAAUAUUGCUGGUUGCAAGCUCGCUUUGACUUCGGAGAUUAAGCCCAACUUUCCGUUGAGUCUUCGUAAUCUGGUAAUUGAUAAUUCCGAACAAGUGAUGGAGAUCUUCCGAUGUCUUGAAGGAUCGGCCUUCACUUUGGAGUCCUUUUCUGUCUUUGACUGCCCAAGCUUGACAAUUGUUCCCGAAUGGCUGCCAAAUCAUACACGUCUCGGGUUAAUUCACUUGAUUAGAUGUCCCAACUUAUCAUUCAUGCCGCAAAGAAUCCGAUCUCUCACCGCCCUCAAAGAAUUACGUAUCGAACACCGUGGUGAGCUGAGCAAAAGAUGUGAGCCUCAAACCGGCAAGGAUUGGAACAUAAUCGCCCACGUUCCUCGAAUCGCACUUGAUUUGAUAGGGGUACAAUGGACGGAUGAUUAG